UUUGGUUGGGGUUUUUUUUUCUCUGUUUCUUUUUUCCAUUUUCAAUUUCUUCUUCCUUUCCAUUACUUCUUUUUCUUUCUCUUAGGUAGCAUUUAUACGUUGUUACCUAAAAUGAACUCUUAUAGUGAAGACAAGAUACUAGAACUCGGAUCUGACUUCAGCUUUUCUGAUAAACAGAGUUUCUACUCUCAGUAUAAAUUCUUGAAGACCAUUGGCCACGGAGGCUAUGCCAAAGUAAAACUGGCACACCACUGCCUCACAGGCACCCCGGUGGCUGUCAAAGUGCUCCGGAAAAGAAAGCUGUGGUGCUAUCCAGUCAUGUCCGAGGUAGACAUCAUGAUGACGAUCAACCAUCCCAACAUCAUCUCACUUCUCCAAGUGAUUGAGACGGAGAAGAGAAUCUACCUCGUCAUGGAGCUGGCCGAGGGGCAGCAGCUGUAUCAGUAUAUCCGGAAAGUUGGCCACCUGCUGGAGGACGAGGCCCGGGGAAUAUUCAAGCAAAUACUAAGUGCUGUAAGUUACUGCCAUGAUCUUGGAAUAAUUCAUCGCGACCUGAAACCAGACAACAUCAUGGUGGAUAACAACGGAAAAGUCAAAAUCAUUGACUUUGGCCUCGGCACCCAAGUCAAGCCCGGGCAAAAGCUUAGCUAUCAUUGUGGAACUUACUCCUUUGGUGCCCCUGAACUCCUCCUCGGCAGACUUUAUGACGGCCCCAAGAUCGACAUAUGGACCUUGGGGGUCGUCCUAUAUUUCAUGGUAGUCGGGAAGGUCCCGUUUGAUGCUCUCACCACGGCAGACCUGAGAAGGAAGGUUGUGGCAGGGAAGUAUGCUGUCCCCUCCAGCCUGUCAGAAGAACUCCGGGACCUGCUUAGCCUCUUGAUGACGGUCAACCCCAACCUUAGGCCAACUGUAGCCGAAGUGAUGGCACACCCCUGGCUCAGGGUAGACGUGGAAGAUUUACCAAAUCGCUGUGAGGAAAUGGUCCCCAGCUUGCCUGACCCUGCAAUUGUGGAAGCCAUGGAGCACAUUGGGUUCCAAGCCCAGGACAUUAAAGAUUCACUACAUCAGAGGAAAUUCAACCAAACCAUGGCAUCCUAUUGCUUAUUUCAAGGGCAGGCUCUCCAGAAGCAUGGCUGCCCAACCCGGGCUCAGCCCGCGCCGAAUCCAGGGGUGACGCCAUUCCCUUCCCUUGAAGAUCCUACUGCUUUCCCUCUAGAACCAAGGAGGAGGGGAAGUGAGCCGGCCCUUGGCACGUUACUCGGAGGGCCAUCCACUAAUGGUCAGCAGGCGGGUCAAAGGGGAGGCAGACAUGCCACCGGGCCGAUGCAGAGGACACCCAUACUGGACCCGGCUCAUCAACGUCCCAGGAGUGCUCCCUGCAUUUAUUCACCGAGCAGCAGCUGUGAGAACACAGGAGACAACAUAAGCUCGCAGGGCGCCGCAGCAGAGGGCAAGUCCGUCCACAGCCGGGGCCAGCACAGAGGCCUGAAGGGAUGGACAAGGAGGGUAGGAAAUGCCCUGAUGAGACUGUGUUGCUGCUACCCAUCAAGGAAGAAACCUCGCCGAGGGCAGAACAGAGUGCACGCCGAGAAAUGA